AUGUUGGAUCAGAUGGCCAACGAAAUCAAGCUCAUCUCGGGGAGCUCUCACCCGGAGCUGAGCGGCAAGGUUGCCAGCCGACUGGGCAUCUCGGUCGCCAACACCAUGAGCCUCAACUACUCCAACCAGGAGACGAGCGUGUCCAUUGGCGAGUCUGUCCGAGACGAGGACGUCUUCAUUCUGCAGUCCACCGCCCCGGGAGACGUCAACGACGGCCUGAUGGAGCUGCUCAUCAUGAUUCACGCCUGCAAGACAGCCUCGGCCCGGCGCAUCACGGCCGUCAUCCCCAACUUUCCCUACGCCCGCCAGGACAAGAAAGACAAGUCUCGCGCCCCCAUCAGCGCAAAGCUCAUCGCAAACAUGCUGCAAGUCUCCGGUUGCAACCACGUCAUCACGAUGGACUUGCACGCCUCUCAAAUCCAGGGCUUCUUCAACGUGCCCGUGGACAACCUCUACGCUGAGCCGUCCGUCUUGCGCUGGAUCGACCAGAACCUGGACGUGGACAACUGCGUCAUCGUCUCUCCCGACGCCGGCGGUGCCAAGCGCGCAACCUCCAUUGCUGAUCGCCUGAACACGGCCUUUGCUCUGAUCCACAAGGAGCGCCCGCGUCCCAACGUCGUGGGCCGCAUGGUUCUCGUCGGCGAUGUUCAGGACAAGGUCGCCAUUCUUGUCGAUGACAUGGCCGACACCUGCGGAACGCUCGUCAAGGCGGCCGAGACCGUCAACGAGCAUGGCGCUCGCAAGGUCUAUGCCAUUGUCACGCACGGCAUCCUGAGCGGCAAAGCAAUCGAGAACAUUAACCGGUCAUGUCUCUCCGGCCUGGUCGUGACCAAUACUGUCCCUCUAGGUGACAAGACGGAACGAUGCCCGAAGCUCAAGGUCAUCGACGUGUCUGGUACCCUAGCUGAGGCGAUUCGCCGAACUCAUAAUGGGGAGUCGGUGUCGUACCUUUUUACCAACGUGCCAGUUUAA